AUGGCGCCAGGCAUGCCGGCAUGUGGUUCGCGCGCACAGCUUCCAGCUGGGAAGGUCUUCCAUGGGGGUACUGAAAGGGGUCACGACGAUGUGCGGGCAGAGGCUGUUUUCGCAUCAGGGUCUGUGAACGUCCGCUCUUGGGUAUGUCUCAUAACAUUGUCGGUGCAGAUGAAGAACAUGGACAUCCUGCUGAAGACGGGGCUGUCUUUGCCGGGCUAUGUCGCAAUCUCUCGCCUCACUUCUGGUGCUCGCACCGCUGGCGCUCGGCGCGGCUUUAACAGCGACAAGAGCUUCGACGUCCUAGCGCCCCUGGACACCAAGGAUCCCAGCCUGACGCCAAACCGCACCUCUGUACCUGCCUCCGUGGACGCGGCGCCGCCCGGGGUUUUGGGCCGGCGGGGCGUGGCGCUCUACCGUACCCACUUUCUUCAGAACGGUCAUGCACGGCUGCAGUUCAUGGGCUGCUCCUUCUACUGCCGCGUUUUCGUAGACGGAGGAGAGGUGGGAGAGCACCGCGCAGGUGGCUACGUUCCAUGGUGGCUUGACCUCCCUGCACCGGCCACCGGAAACGCCACGCGAGAGCUCUUCGUUAUGGCGGACAACCGUUUCAAUCGCACCACUGCCCCUGUACACACCGGCGGUGACUUCUGGAACUAUGGAGGCAUCCUUCGGAGCGUUUUGCUCCAUGACAUGCCCGAUGAUCCCAAAGAGACGUGGCCUUGGCGCGCGUACGUGUUCCCGACGGCGGAAGACCUGGGUGUAGUGGACAUCAAGAUAGUGAUGACCUCGGCCAACUUCACCGGCGCGUUGAUGAUCAUGCUCACGUUCGGCACUCAAGAGCCGUCUGCAGUGAACGCCGUGGCGUCCGCGGGGGAAGCAUGGAUCCGGUCUGUUCAGGUACCUCAGCCAAAGACAUGGUCCCUCAAAGAUCCGCAGAUGCACACCGUGACGGUGGGGAUCGGCAGCGCCACGAUCACGGAGCGCUUCGGUCUCAGGCGCUGGGCCUACGCUGAUGGCAAGUUGCUCUUGAACGGCGAGGCCGUGAAACUUCAUGGCUGGAAUCACCAUACGCAGUGGAUCGACACAGGUGCUUCUCCGACAGACAGCCAGCUUGAUGAGGACCUCGCUCUGCUUCGCGAGGGCCACGCCAACUUCGUGAGGGGAGCGCACUAUCCGCAGGAUCAGCGCUGGCUCGACCGCCUAGACGAGUCAGGCAUGGCUAUGUGGGAAGAGACGUUGGGUCCCGGGGUGACCGUGGAGGACUUGCAGGACUGGGGCCAUUUCAUGAAGUACCAGCUGCAGCAGGUGGACGAGAUGCUGGCUGCCAGCAUGAACCACCCAUCGAUCAUGGCUUGGGCGUGGUUCAAUGAAGGACCCUCGAACGAGAUGGCUGCUUGCCAGGCGUAUCUGGAGUGCUCCUUGCGUGCAGCUGAAGCGGACCCCACCCGAUUCCGCACAUGGGCCUCCAACAAGAAGGAGGACGACAAGUGCUUGGAGCACGCAACGGCUGUGAGUUUCAACAGCUACCCAGCUUGGUAUUCCGAGAAGCAGGACCUGUCGGCUCCCAAGCGUGAGUGGACUGCCAGCGCUGCCUGGGCAAAGCGAAACUUCCCGGACAAGCCGUUCUUCAUCAGCGAGACUGGUGCUGGAGGUCUCUAUGAAUGGGCCACCAACGCAACGGAUGCAUACUGGACGCUCAAGUACCAGCAAGAGGUCAUCGACGCGGAUGUUGACGUCGCUCUUGCGGACAGCAACGUGUCAGGAUUGACCCUGUGGCAUUUCUUCGACUUCAAAGGGAAUGACGAGGCUCAGAUCUGCGGCCCCUGCCAGUAUCUUCCCGGUGUGCAGCCGCCCACAUGUGGAUGGUACAACAUGUCAGGUCAUUGCGAAAACCGUCCUGGUGGGCUGAACCACAAGGGAGUUCUGGACGCCUAUAGACGCAAGAAGCCGUCGUUCAGCGCCGUGGCGCAGAAGUACGGCCAGCACGCGCCAGCGGAAUCGGGCCCUGGCCACCUGUACAUAGUAUAG